AUGUUAGUUCUCUUACGGAUAGCAACGUGUAUGUUGAGAGACUUUGCUACUUGUCAUGACGACUUCAAUUUGAAGCCCCCGGAUGGAAUCUUGAAAGAACACACAUUCACUUGGCUCGGCUUUGUGCAAUAUCUACACGUGACAACUGAAAUACCGCAUCAUAGCAAAGCGCCUCGUGUCAUCCUCAUUCACAAGCAGUUUGCCGUCGGAACUGCUACAGAUAUGCUGCGUUUGCCAAAAAGCUAUAAAUUAGGUAAUGUUAUAUUUGGCGACUAUGAAAGAGACGAGAUGGACUGUGGCUUGACUCGCUCACAGGCCAAAAUGGGUGUCAAGUGUCCUCGUGCAUAUUUUGAAAUGCCUCUUAUUGAGAUCAAACCACAUCCUGAAUAUUCACGGUUUGGUGUAGGGAAUAGUCUGGCCUUGGUGAAAUUUCUUCGCCCCGUUAAAUCUUAUUAUAUGGUUCCAAUUUGCUUGCCAAAUCUUACUGAACGUGAAAAAAAACGGAAAAAUAAGGUUGUUUUUUUGGUUGAUUACCUAAGUUCUGUACCAAAAGACUUUGACUCCGAGAAAAUGGCCAAAAAGUCACUAAAAUUGUACACACAUAAAGACUGCCGGAGACAUCGGAUGCGUUCUCAAUUAGGAAGCGAAGGUGUUACGCACGUGCUAUGCAGUUCUGGUUGUGGUAUUCGUCCUGGUGCCCCCAUAGUCAGUCAUGCUCUUGAAGGAACUUUCCAGCUCAUAGGCGUAGCCGCUGGUAGCGCUCCAUGUGCUCGUAAAUCUAUGCGCAAAAGACUGAAUCGAGAACCACCUCUUUACAUCGAUGUAUAUCCAUACGUGUCAUGGAUCAUGAAUUAUAUCUCUGCACAUGUUCUACCAAAACCAUAUCCAGAAAACUUUAUGUUGAUGGAAGGAGGCACAAGUAUAGGUAUACAUAAUCAGUAUUUGAGAGCAAGACGGAAGCAAAAGUCUGGAUGGCGAGCCCGUACUUUUGUGUCUGGAGACUAUUGCUUUAAGAGUUUAAAAAAACAGAGUAGAACAGCAUUUUUCUAUUCAGAGAAAUUUGAAGUUAACGCUGAUCCUCCGGGGAAAAUGAACAUAAUAAUAAAGAUAUCAGCCGGAAUAGAAUGCACUAUUGUUUGUGCUCGUUUGCUUCUUCCGAAUCGAUUGACCCUGCCUGUUAUAGAUGGGGUUGGAGGAUACAAUCUCACAAUUACUUUUGAUACCUUGUGGUUUCCUUAUUCAUUUUACUUUUCACUUGGACUGAACGGUAAGAAUACCACUGAAAGAGAUUUCAAUAAGUGGAUCGGAGAGAGAAAGCCUGGCUUCUGGUAA